AGGAGUAGGGGCGGUAGUGGGGACGGGGUCGGGGACUCUGUGUAGGCAAGAAGGACAGCCUAUUGUGAGGUCCGGAGAGGGCGAACUCGAGUGUCUUGGGCGACCCAGCACAGAGCGAAGGUCAUUCCCAAUCUGGAACUCAACUUUGAGAAGAGAGACGCCCCAGCAAGACUGUUUCGGGGCGUCCUCCAGCUGCUCACCUCCAUGGGCCAGACGGCCCUGGCAGGGGGCAGCAACAGCACCCCCACCUCGCAGGCUCUGUAUCCUGACCUUUCUUGUCCCGAGGGCUUGGAAGAGCUCCUGUCUGCUUCCCCUCCUGACCUGGGGGCCCAACGGCGCCACGGCUGGAACCCCAAGGACUGCUCAGAGAACAUCGAGGUCAAAGAAGGGGGGUUAUGCUUUGUGCGGCGACCCGUGGCCCAGAGCACUGAUGGGGUCCGGGGAAAGAGGGGCUACUCCAGAGGCCUGCACGCCUGGGAGAUCAGCUGGCCCCCGGAACAGAGGGGCACACACGCGGUAGUGGGCGUGGCCACGGCCCUCGCCCCACUGCAGGCAGACCACUAUGCGGCGCUGCUGGGCAGCAACAGCGAGUCAUGGGGCUGGGACAUUGGGAGGGGGAAGCUGUACCAUCAGAGUAAGGGGCCUGAGGCCCCCCAGUAUCCAGCGGGACCUCAGGGUGAGCAGCUGGAGGUGCCAGAGAGGCUGCUGGUGGUUCUGGACAUGGAGGAGGGAACUCUGGGCUACGCUAUUGGGGGAACAUAUCUGGGGCCAGCCUUCCGCGGACUGAAGGGCAGGACCCUCUACCCAGCUGUAAGCGCUGUUUGGGGCCAGUGCCAGGUCCGCAUCCGCUACCUGGGCGAAAGGAGAGCGGAACCACACUCCCUUCUGCAUCUGAGCCGCUUGUGUGUGCGCCACACCCUGGGGGAUACCCGGCUGGGCCAGGUGUCUGCUCUGCCCUUGCCCCCAUCCAUGAAGCGCUACCUGCUCUACCAGUGAACCUGGGAUACCAGACUGUGCUGGAGCCACUGAGGGCCUAGACCAGCAGUGAGGUUGGGUCCCUCCCCCAAUUCAAGCUCUGGGGAGCUCCACAAGUCUCAGUGCUACCCAAAACAGUGUGGCAGAGAAUUUUCAAGGCUGUGGCAGCCUGGUACAUAAGACAUUUUUUAAAAGUAAAAAUACUAAGAGAUGUGUUGUUAUAGAAA